AAAAUCCCUCCACAAAAACACCGAUCCCGCGACGCGUGCCCGAUCAAUCCCCCUCGCCAUGAGCCCGCCGCCAUUCGACCACGGCUCGCCGCCGGCGCUGGUCGACGACGCCAUGCGCGAGAUCUUCCUGCGCAUCCCGCCGGACGACCCGGCGUCCCUCGCCCGCGCCUCCGCCGUGUGCACGGCCUGGCGCGGCAUCAUCUCCGACGCCGAUUUCGGCCGCGAGUACCGCGCGUUCCACGGAGCGCCGCCCGUCCUGGGCUUCCUCUACAGCUAUUCGUACUUCUGGCCCUCCCAGUUCAUCUCCACAACCGCGUCCUUCCGCUCGCCUGCCUGCCACGAUCGCCACAACUGGUACGCCCUCGACUCCCGGCACGGCCUCGUCCUGUUCCAAACCCACCGUGGCGGCGAGGAGAUCGGGGAUUUCGCUGUCUGCGACCUCGUCACCCACGACCAGUGGAGUGUUUCUGCUCACGCCGGCCCCGAGUGGUCGGAUAUCAACAACUACUGGUGGAAAGCCACAGUGCUCUGCGGCAGGGUCGGCCAGUGCGACCACCGCGACUGCAGUGAGGGCGCUUUCCUCCUCGCCUUGGUGGGAGCUAAAGACACGGAGGUCUUCGCCUCCGUCUACUCAUCCGAGGCUGGUGAGUGGAGCGCCACCAUCUUCACUGAGAUGCGGAUUUCCCACAUGCUGAUGAACCACUCGGAGCAGUGGCACAGUGCCCUUGUUGGAAAUAAGGUCUAUCUCCCUUAUGAUAACACAGACCUGGUAGUGGAGUACGAUGUGGGUGCGCAAGAACUAGCGAUGAUCAAGGUGCCACUCGUUUGGACUGCCCUCGUCGGGGAGAAGGACGGCAUGCUUCUGUACGCGUCCGUCCAGGAGUCUGAACUUUGCCUAUGGUCGGUGGAGCCUGGUCCUAAUGGUGCCGCACGUCGCAGGGUCAUCGACCUAGACCCGUUGCUCCCUAGUUUUGCCCUCUCUUCCUUCGUGGAGGUGGUUGGAUUCGCAGAAGGUGCUGGUGCCAUCUUCCUGAGAACCGAUUUCGGGCUGUUCACAGUCGAGCUCAGUUCAAGCCGAAGCAACAAGGUUCACGAGGAUAUAUUCGACGAUAGAAUCAUGCUCUACGAGAGCUUCUACACUGGAGGGCAUGGUGAGCGUGGCAGGCGCGCACUUGUUGGUGCUACAAGGCGAUGGGCUGGUCUACUUUGGCUAUACGGGGAGAAUUUGUAGUGAACUUCGUUGUACUGUGUGUGUUGCUGGUUUAGUUUGACAGUUUGGUCAGGCUGGAUGCACCUUUGCAGUAUCUGUGUCCCGUUUGGCAAAAUUAUGAACUCGUUUGAGUUUUA